AUGCAGAACGGGGAGGCUAUGAGCCCGAGGGACUCCAAGGCAGGAGGGGCAGAGGCCCUGGAGGAGCACAAGGCCCAAAACCAGGACCCCAAACAGGGUUGUGCAGAGCCCACAGCUCCUCCUCUACCCCCUCCUUCACCACCACCUCCAGGCCCACCAGAAUACCCGAGACCUAAGCUCAUCUUCCACACCCAGCUGGCUCAUGGGAGCCCAACAGGUCGUAUCCAUGGAUUCACCAAUGUCAAGGAAUUGUAUGCCAAGAUCGCAGAGGUGUUCAACAUCUCUCCCUCAGAGAUCCUUUUCUGUACCCUAAAUUCUCAUAAAGUGGACAUGCAGAAGCUGCUGGGGGGGCAGAUUGGACUGGAAGACUUCAUCUUUGCUCAUGUCAGAGGGGAGACAAAAGAAGUGGAGGUGACUAAGACAGAAGAUGCAUUGGGUCUCACCAUUACGGACAAUGGAGCAGGCUAUGCUUUUAUUAAGAGGAUAAAAGAAGGCAGUACCAUAGACCGCCUGAAAACAGUAUGUGUUGGGGACCACAUUGAGGCUAUCAAUGACCAGAGUAUUGUCGGCUGUCGACACUAUGAGGUAGCUAAAAUGCUAAAAGAGCAACCAAGAGGCAUACCCUUCACUCUUCGCCUUGUGGGGCCCAAGAAGGCCUUCGACAUGAUUGGAAUGAGAACUAGGGCGCCAAAAUCAAAUGAGGGCAAGAUGGUAAAUGGGAAAGAGACGCUACGACUUCGUUCCAAAGGCUCUGCAACAGUUCAGGAGGUGCAGAACGAGUUUGAAGAACAGGCCACCAGGAAAGUGGAUGAUCUGUUGGAGAGCUACAUGGGAAUCAGAGACCUGGAGCUGGCAACCACCAUUGUUGAAGCAGGCAAAGACAAGACGAACCCUGAUGACUUUGCAGAGGCAUUGGAUUCAGUUUUGGGAGAUUUUGCUUUCCCUGAUGUGUUUUUGUUUGAUGUAUGGGGCGCCAUCGGAGACGUCAAAAAUGGUAGAAUUUAGUUCACAGCAGAGAGAAAGAGCUAAAUUCUUUGGUACAUCCAGUUGUAAAAAGAAGAAAUAUGUAGCAUUGUUUUAACAGUUCUUACUUUCGUUUCUUUUGUUUUCAUCAUAAUCAUUAUAGAGAUCAUGUAUGUCUUUUGUACU